CCGCGCCGCGCUGAUUGGCCGAGGGCGCCGAGGCUCGCGCUCCGUCGGUUUACUCCCUCGCUCGCGCUCGGCCUCUGUUUGCGUGAGGAGAAAGGAAGAGGAGGAGGGGGCAACGGAAGGGCCUCUUGACGCGGAUGCCGACACAAGGAGGAAACCGGGCCUAAGCGGCGGAAGAAGCGGCGAAGGAGCCGAAGGAACCAACAGGCGCGCGGGGGAGGGGAGAAUCUCUUCCCUCUUUCUCAGUCGUUCGUUCGCUCCUGCCCGCCCUCCCGCCGGUGGUUGGUUCCUUCCCGGCUCCUUCGGCGCUGUGAAGGGAAGGCGGAUGGCGGCAACAUCCGGGGCCUCCGGGGUGGCGGUCGCGGCGGCCGUCGUCGUCGGAGGUGGGUCCGUCUCCGUCGCCGCCGCCCCGGCUCUCUACGCCUGCACCAAGUGCAACCAACGCUACCCGUUCGAGGAGCUCUCCCAGGGACAGCAGCUCUGCAAGGAAUGUCGCAUUGCACAUCCCAUGGUAAAAUGUACUUACUGUCGAUCAGAGUUUCAACAAGAGAGCAAAACCAACACAAUAUGCAAGAAGUGUGCCCAAAAUGUAAAGCAAUUUGGAACGCCGAAACCUUGUCAGUACUGUAACAUCAUUGCAGCAUUUAUUGGCACAAAAUGUCAGCGCUGCACAAACUCUGAGAAGAAAUAUGGACCCCCUCAAACAUGUGAGCAAUGUAAGCAGCAAUGUGCUUUUGAUCGCAAAGAGGAAGGAAGAAGAAAGGUUGAUGGGAAGCUGUUGUGUUGGCUCUGUACGCUGUCCUACAAGAGAGUACUGCAGAAGACCAAGGAACAGAGGAAGAGCUUAGGGUCUUCACAUUCUAAUUCCUCCUCCACAUCUCUUACUGAAAAAGACCAGCAUCAUUUGAAACACCAGCGCCAUCGCCAUCACCACCACCGUCACAGCAGCAGCCAUCACAAAAUCAGCAGUCUGAGUCCAGAGCAAGAUCAGGGAUUGUGGAAACAGAGCCAUAAAUCCUCUGCAGCUAUUCAGAAUGAAACUCCAAAGAAAAAGCCCAAAAUGGAAUCCAAGCCAUCUAAUGGAGAUAGCCCACACUUUUCGCUUUACAGUAGUUCUAUAAAUCAGUCAGCAGACAGCGGAGGUACUGACAACUUUGUCCUCAUUAGUCAGCUGAAAGAAGAAGUGAUGUCACUGAAACGCCUCUUGCAACAAAGAGAUCAAACAAUUCUGGAAAAAGAUAAAAAGUUGACAGAGCUGAAGGCAGACUUUCAGUACCAAGAGUCCAACUUGAGAACAAAGAUGAACAGCAUGGAGAGAGCUCAUAAGGAAACUGUGGAACAGCUACAGGCAAAAAACCGAGAACUGCUCAAACAAGUUGCGGCUUUAUCAAAGGGCAAGAAGUUUGACAAGAGUGGGAGCAUGCUCACAUCACCAUGAAGUGCUGGCUGUUUGCAUGAGUGUUAAUAUUCAAAAGGUAAAUGACUCUGUGGAAACUCCUUAGAAGCCUGUGGAGUGAGGAAAAAGGAAUAUUUUUGCACACAGAGUAGUUGGCAUGUUUCCUACACCUUUUUGUAACUGAUAAUGCAGUGGAACUUUUUCUUUUCUUUUUAAGUUUAAGCCAUUUGGAUUAAAAUACUUCAGCUGGCUUGAAGAAUGCUUUUUAAAAAGAAUUUUUACAGGAGAGUUACUGGUAAUCAGUAAGAGUGCUCUUAUUUUUAACCACAUCAUGCAAUAACAUAUGCAAGCCAGCAGUUUGAGGGAGCAAUCCAUCAAGUAUGGCUAUUGUGCAGAAUCAUUAAUCUAAAUUGGAUUUAUGCAGGACACCUAGGCAAAAGCAGAACUUGCCGAGGAGCUGGGCAGAUUCACAUCAAGAAAAAAAAUGGUCAACCAUAUCAGUAUUCCAGCAACAACUAGCUUGGAAACAGAAACUGGAGCACUGGAUGCCUGACAAUUGUGCAUUAUAUUUUGGUCAAAAUAAGAGUACGUUGAAAGUCUAAAAUCAUGGUGCUUUUAUGACAAGAAGCUUAUUACCGAUAUAAAUAUGUAAAAGAAUUUUAACAGUUUUAUUCUUAGUGAUAACCGGUGUUUUACAUUUCUUGUGAUAGAAAUUUAAAGAGAGAUUCCCUAUUGUAAGUAUCUGAACAAAAUGUGUUUUUUGAAAAUUUACUGUAGACUUUUUCUCUUGCAAGUGCCUUUUCUCCUAACUGUUUAUUAUUUAUAGGAAUGUUGGUAUUUUGUAUAUAAAGUUUUUCUUUUCUUUUUUUAAAAAAAUCAUGUUUAAAUGUUCCUUUGUGGAUGUAUAUAAAUAAAUGUAUGUACAGAAUAACCAGGUGUUAAGAUCAGAGCUGUUAGGAUGCUAGAGAAGGUGUUAAGAUCUGGCAGGAAACAAAUACUGGCUGUACAUAAUUGUAACGGAUUUGUCUGUGUAGAAGGUGUUUGUCUUAACUCAUGUUGUGCCUAACUUAAUUUCCCACCACCACCACCACUACCACCACACACACUAAACUGUAGGGCUUCUAAAAUAUAUUUCACCUUUUAUCUCAGUGCUAAUUUGCAUAAUAUUCCCUGUGCCAUGUUCUAAAUUGAAUGACACAGGAACCGUAUUUGAGCUAACAUAACUCUUUGGCAAUUUCUUUCAAUAACACUUCAUCGUACUAUGCCUUUUUAAACUGCUAGGAGAAUAUGCCUUUUCAUUUCUAAAGAGUGAAACAAACAUCCCCACACUAAUAGUGUCACAUUGCUAAAGGUGCAGUCACACUGCUCUAGGACCCAGGAGCCAAAAGAAAUGGCCCCGGAGAAGCUCUCACAUGGGACACAAAAGCCAGCCCCAUGGACCCUCACUGUCUUCACUGUCUGUGGGCCAGCCAUGUAGUCAGGUAGGAUCAGUACAGGAUGAAACAACAUUUACCCAGCAGGAAUUGGAUAAAUCUCUUAAGACAAGUAUCUCAUUCCUCAAUAAAGAGCCAGAUGCUGGCAUUCAGAAAGUCCUAUGGGAAUUUGUUCUGAGGAAUAGCGAAGCCCAUAAAGUCUGGUCAGCAUUGCACAAGCUCAACUGUGCAUCCCUAGAACAAGUCCCAGGAUUCUGAAUAAACCAUGAGAGUUCAGUAAUAAAUAGGCAGACAUCCCUCAGCUGAACAUGGAAAGCAAUAAUCCCUAUCUUACAUUUCUUCAGAUUUGUAAUUUUUUUAAAAAAUUUUCCCUUUGGGGGUCAUGAUAGGAAUUACUAGAAACUCAAAGUUCAUUCCAGAAGGCAUGGUCUCAUCAGCUUAAAAAUGUAGCUGCUUUUCCAUAAAAUUGAAAUCCUAUUUGAUUCAAAGGUGCUCAAGUUACUAUCAAGUUACUUAAAGGAAUAACUUGCGCUUCAGCUAGCAUUAAUGUGUUGUUUUUGGACCUCCAGCUCCCUGAAGAUUGGGAGGAUUUGUUCCCAACAGACUACUGAAUAAUGUAAUUUGAAAGGGAAAAAAAGCUGCUUUCUACAAUAUUGAGGAUUAUUUUUAAUUUUUUGUAUACUAGACGAACUUUGUAAAUUUAUAAAUACUAUGAUUAUCUUAACAUGAUAAAACAGCUAGGGUAGAAUAUACUGUUGCUAUCCUAUUGGACUGUUUAAUCAUUGAGAAGGUGGUGGUUGUUUUUCAUUACUGACUUGCAUUUCAGAGUAUUUUGAUACUUUUUCCAGUCAAAUGACUACCUGACACUGGUAGAUUUGGGUGGUUUUUUUUAAUACCAAAACCUGCCAGAACUUUUACCAUGAUUCUGAUUCACUUUCUGAUCAAAUCAUUCUCAUUGAAACCUGCUUAUGCUGCAACAGGAACAUUCUAGAAAAAGAGACCCAGCAUUUUAAUUUUUAACUGCCAGAACUGUACAAAUCCUAGUAUGGACCCAUUUAGGGACUUUACAGUGUUUGAAGAGAAAUCACUCUGGUUUUAUAAGUUCCAUACCCUCUCUUCACUUGGGAGUUUUAAAGGCUAGGAACUAGCGAAUUAAAUCCUGGAGUUGUAGCUAUCUUCACAGUGAACUUUUUAAUGUAGAUUUUGAGGGUGAUACAUUGUACUAUAAUGUGCAUUUAAGUCAGUUUUCCAAUUGUUAAUUAGCAUUGAACAAAACCUUUCACUUGGGCUUCAGUUAUUUAUGUAUUUUAAGCCUGUGAAUAUUGCGGUUUCUUUUUAGUUAGAAAGGAUGUCCAUUCUGAGGUAAAGCUGUUCAGCUUGCUACAUGUGUAUAUACUGUUGAAAUUCUGUACUGGCACACAUUUGACAGUUGACAUUUUUGUACUUUUUUCUAAAUCCAAUAUUUCACAAUAAAAGCUUGUUAAAACAU